UAUAUCGCAAAAUUUGUACGUCGCGAAUGGCAUAACUGCAAUGCUACCUUAAUAGCAUUGACUUUAGCGUCAUAAAAACCGGGGAAGUCACAUCCCGUCGAGGGAAAGAUACCUGCUACAUUUUCGUUCCCCUGCUAAUACACACCCGGAUAGUGUGGGCCCGCCGACGUAGCGGCGGUAGUCGUUAAAUACAAUAAAUUCUUUUUCUUAUUUAAGAUUUCUUAAACGUGGCCAAUUGCUCUCCUAUGGAUACAAGCAAUAACUACCACUCAAUUAAUGGCGGAGAAUCAUCAGCGGAACAGGCACAUACUACGAUGCAGGGCUAUCGUGAUGGAGGUGCCUUUAGUUCUUUGUCAAGUCAAACGAGGAUGCAUAGAAACUUUAAAUUGUUAGCGGAUCCGCAGCUAUUAAAAUGUGGCACCAAGCUGUAUCGAUAUGAUGGUGUUGUGCCUGGCGACCCCACUUACCCCACAGUUACACCUCGCGACCCACGAAAUCCACUCAUUCGAAUUCGAGCCAAACCUGUUGAACCGUUAAUGCUGGUAAUUCCACGGUUUGUCAUCGAUUCAGAUUACGUUGGGCAGCCGCCGGCUAUUGAAGUAACGGUAGUUAAUCUUAACGACAACAUCGACCGGCAAUUUCUUUCUAGCCUUUUGGAUAAAUGCGGGCCCACUGAUGAGAUAAACAUAUAUCAUCACCCAACGACAAACAAACAUCUAGGAAUUGCGCGAAUCGUCUUUGAGAGCACUAGAGGAGCACGCCAGUUUAUUGAGAAGUAUAACCAGAAAUCGGUAAUGGGAAAGAUUUUAAACGUAUUCUGUGAUCCUUUUGGUGCCGUUUUAAAAAAAACUAUAGACAAUCUGACAAAUCCCACUGUACCAAGACCUGUGAUUGGCACCAUACAACAUUCGACUACUCUAAUUGCGGCAAAGGAAUAUUUUAAUGAUUGCUCUGAAAAGGACGACCCAAAUUUGGUAUCAAGUAGUGGUCAUAAUUCGUUUCAUAAGACCACAGUGUUUGGAGAACUAGAUGGUGAUCGUCACAGAGAACGGGAGCGAGAUCGAGAUCGAUUUAUUAAAGAUCGUGUACGACACUCCGUAGAGCGAGGUUAUGACAGGGAGCGUGGAACACGUAAUAAAUAUACCAGCUCACGUCAUAGUCGUCAUUAUUAUUCUCGAGGAUCAAGAGAAAAGAGUCCGGAAUCAAGCAGGGAUCGCUUAUAUAAUGCACGAGACAGAGACCGAGAUCGAGAACGAGACCGAGACGUAAGGUCAUAUGACUAUUCGCGUGCAAAAGGAAGAGAUAAAUAUGGAGAGCGCAAUAGAUCAAGAGAUCAUUCUCGGGAUCGGGUAAGGGAGAGAAGAGAUUGUCGCAUUAGUUCAUCUAAAGAACGGGAUUACCGAGAACGAGAUCGGGAUCGAGAUCGAUCUAUUGAAAGUGAUCGCAAUGAUCGAAUUAGUGUUAAACACGAUAAACGGUAUUCAAGUAAUGAAUGCCCCAAAGAUGAAAAUGGGGCCUCGUCAGCGUUUAAAAACCAACAAUAUUAUUCUGGCAUUCCUGUCUCUAAUUUAAUACCGUCUGAUAAUUAUGGAUAUGGUCAUUAUGGCUACACUAUGGGCGAAAGUAUUCAUUCAUGGUCUAGCUCCUAUAGGAGAUGGCCGGCGGCACCACAACCAGAUUCACAGCCUGCUCCGCCACCGCCUCCACCCAUGGAAGAAGAAGAAAAUUGGGACGACCCACAACCUCCGCCAUUGAAUUCGCAUCCAAACGAUAAUUCGCCUGCAGCUGAUUUGCUUGCUUGCAUAAAGCUACUAUCACCGAAGCGAUCAAAGUCAAAUAAAUCGAAUAAUCUUCUGGAGACUGUUGCCGAAUCGGAAGUUAGCACAGAGAAUGUUGAUUUAGACACACGUAUUGCUUUGAUAUUCAAAGGAAAGACGUUUGGAAAUGCCCCACCAUUUCUGCAAAUGGAUAGUAGUGAUUCUGAGACAGAUAAGGCCAAAGGCGACGGAAAUAAUGAUACGGUUGAACUGCAUUGUGAUUCGAAUAGUUCCCACAACAAAAAAUCAACAGAGAAAAAUGUAGUAGCCUUGCAGCAGCACGGCGCCAGUGAUAUAUCAAGUGACGACGACAUUUUAAUUAAAAAGGAAACGGUUAAGCAACCUCUUGAGAAGUUUGAAUCAAUUGACAACAAUGAUGACAACAUGUCCUUGUCCAGUUUAUCCUCACAUGAAGAGACGACAAAAGUCUCAAGCCAAGCUACGAAAAUGAUGUUUUCUGCAUACACAGAUCCUCAUGUUUCUCAACAAAGCAAUUAUUAUUAUCAUCAUUCAGCCUAUAGCUAUGGACACUACCCUUCUGCCAUAGGCGCGAGCUCCGAAUUUACUGGGAAGUAUUUUUCGAAUCCUGCAUAUAUGCAAUCUUCAUAUCUACCUGGAGUGGUGUCUACUGAUGGAUUCAAUUUAGAUCCGUAUGUGCAGGCAUAUGGCUACCAGCAUACGCACACAGAUCAAAAUGACGAAAUGAAACAAAAUGUGAAAAAGGUUAUGAACUUUAUAGUUGAAGAGCUGAAACAAAUCCUCAAAAGGGAUGUUAAUAAGCGCAUGAUUGAAAUGACAGCUUUUAAAAAUUUUGAGGUUUGGUGGGACGAACAAACGGCGAAAUCGCGCUCAAAACCCUUAUUAUCAGUUGGCGAUUCGGCUACUGUGAGUAACCACUCAUUAGAUAAACAUUCAAGCCAAGAGAAGCCUCCCGACAUUAACCAUUUGAUCAACACGCAAAGAGAGAUGUCAGAUUUCCAAUCAUUUACCAGUAUCGGUAUACGAGCAGCAAUGCCAAAAUUGCCAUCAUUUCGACGUGUACCAAAGCAUCCUAGUCCCAUUCCAGAUAAGUCGGAGAGGGAUCUUAGCGAUCAAGAAGAAAUGGUACAGCGUUCCGAUUCAGACAAAGAUGAUUCAAAUAUGGACAGUUCCGAUGCUCAAAAUAUUAACAUAAAGCGACGCUCAUUGCAAAGGGAUGUUGGCAAAUUGCGGCUGACGUCAAGCAAUUUGCGUAGAAAAAGAGAGGGAAGUGCUUCAAGUUUCUUUUCGUCAUCAACAUCAUCGACAUCCAAUAGUGAUGGUGAAAAUGAUGCUGAAGAAAUGGGCAAUCGAGCUGAAAACGAAAGGAGUAGCGACGACGAAACUUUUGAUGAAGACAUCCCGUCAAGCAAUGCAAAUGAAAGGGACAAGUUAUCAAAAAGGCAUCGACGUGCCUUGAAAGCUGCAAAGGGGGGCCAAAUACAUAACGUAUAUUCAGACUCUGAGGAAGAUAAUCAUUCGAUAAACCGAAUAUCAGCAACUAAGCGAGGUCGUACGAAAAAAAUGGACAUAUACUCUGAUACUGAUGAUGAUGAUGAUGAUGAUGACGAUAUUGAUACUGACAGAAAGGAUAGAUCAAAACUAUUUACUGCAUCGAAAACUAAUGUUAUGUCAUCCAUUCCAUCCGACCUUGAAGAUAUUAGUAAAGAUAGUUGUUUCGGUAUCGAAGAAACUGGCAUUGCUUCUAAGUUUGUAUCCGAAAUAAAGACUGAUGCCAAAAAGGAAACGGAAACGGAAUCCCGCCGAUCGCCUACACCUGUCCCGCCACCGGAUUACAACGAGGAACCGGUUCAGAAGUCCGACGGUCCGAGUACAGCAAAACCGCAUUUUGAAUAUGAUCGUAUUUAUAGUGAUUCUGACGAAGAGCGCGAGUAUCAGGAGAAACGGCGUAGAAACACAGAGUAUAUGGCUCAAAUCGAGCGAGAAUUUUUAGAAGAGCAAAAGAAGAAUUCACAUCAGACAGAUGGUACAUUAAAGAUGGAUCUAAAACUAGAGAUUAAUAAAGUAUCAAGCUUUGAAAUGCCUGAAACACCUGAUAUAACAAAAGUGCCUCCGACACCAGGCGCAAAAUUAGUAUUUGAGGACUUAACAUUGUGCAAGAAAGAUGUUUCCGAUGCCAAUGAGGAAAGCAAACAUUUUGUGUGCGCAGUAAAGCCUGAUAUUAAUGUAAAAUGUGAGGAUAACAAGAAUGUUCAGUUCAAUAGUAAAGAUAAUUCGGUUGUAAAAACUGGUGCUUAUGAAACACAAAUUUGUAACGGGAAACAAUCACCUGCCUCCUCAGACAGUGGAUCGAGUCAAGCAUCCCAAGCUAGUCAAGUGGCUUUAGAACACUGCUAUUCCUUGCCACCGCACGCACAAGGUGACUUUUCCGCCGGUGCUGCAGCGGAUCGGUUUGAUUCGAAUAACAAAAAAGAGUCGGAUGGGACGCAAGUUGCAAGGCCAGGCCCAGGAAGACCUCGCAAAGAUUCUGUUCGUGCUCAAAAGAAAAAGAAGGAAUUGACUGGCCGACAGACCAAUAAGAAAAUGAAAAUUGAGUCGCUGAAGGACACACGUUCUGAGUUAGUUCGACAAACUUCCAACUUUAUUCCAUGCGAAAUGUUUAACACCCGUGAUCAAAACGAGGAAAUGGUCAUUUUAUACACUUUCCUUACAAAAGGCAUCGACUUGGAGGAUAUCAAGUACAUUAAGACCAGCUAUAUCGAGCAUUUACAAAAGGAGCCAUAUGCUAUGUUUUUAAACAAUACUCAUUGGGUUAAUCAUUGCACCACAGACAGAGCAUUUUGGCCAUCUCCUCCCAAGAAGCGGCGCAAGGACGACGAACUGAUGCGUCAUAAAACGGGAUGUGCACGUACUGAGGGCUUCUACAAGCUGGACGUACGUGAAAAGGCUAAACACAAAUAUCACCAUGCUAAGGCCAACACGCAUGAUGCUCAAAAUGAAGACAGAUGCGAUGAGCCGACGGCACUAACGAAUCAUCACCACAACAAGCUAAUAUCAAAAAUGCAAGGCAUUUCUCGCGAAGCUCGCUCGAAUCAGCGACGUCUUUUGACGGCAUUCGGUUCAAUGGGCGAGUCUGAGCUUUUAAAAUUCAAUCAGCUCAAAUUCCGUAAAAAGCAGCUUAAAUUUGCCAAGUCAGCAAUCCAUGAUUGGGGAUUAUUUGCCAUGGAACCAAUAGCGGCGGAUGAAAUGGUUAUUGAAUAUGUUGGACAAAUGAUUCGACCAGUUGUCGCUGAUUUAAGAGAGACAAAAUAUGAGGCAAUUGGCAUAGGUAGCUCAUAUUUAUUUCGAAUUGAUAUGGAAACUAUAAUCGACGCGACAAAAUGUGGCAAUUUGGCAAGAUUUAUAAAUCACAGCUGUAAUCCAAACUGUUAUGCCAAAGUCAUUACCAUAGAAUCAGAAAAAAAAAUUGUUAUAUAUUCAAAGCAACCCAUUGGAAUUAAUGAAGAAAUAACUUAUGACUACAAAUUUCCUUUGGAAGAGGAAAAAAUCCCAUGUCUUUGUGGAGCUCAAGGGUGUAGGGGUACUCUAAACUAAAGCAGAUAAACUUCGGCUUUAGAAUAUGCUACAAAAUUACUGAACAUAAAUGUUAAUUAUUGGUUUGAGUCAUAAGAAAUAAUUACAAAUAUAAGAAGUUCACAAUAUUAUUUUAUAAAUGCAGUUACAUUUAAAUAGAAAUUGAUUUUUAUCUUAAGUAACUUAAAAGCAUUGGCUUGUCCGUUAAUUUUAAAUCAAAAAAUAGAUUUUCAUUUUAUAAGAUUAUCGUACGUAACGUUUUGGUUAAUAAAGGUAAAAUUUAACAUGAUAAGUACAUAUAUAUAUUUAUAUGUGACAUGCCACACAAGCGAUUUAUGUUUACACUGUAAAAUAAAAUAAAUUAUUUUGAUCGCAGUGCGAAUAUAGUAACAGAAAACUACGAAUCGAUUUUCUCAUACCAGAUACGGCAUUCAAAUAUUCAAAUAUUUAGGUUAUCUGAUUUUAAUGCAUUCAUUUUAAUAGCAACAGUUGUAGCUUGUAAAUACAAUAAUAAAUUUAUUAAUGAAUGCAUAGAGUGUAUUAAAGUAGAAUAUGAAUAAUCUGUAUAAAGUUAAAUAACACAAAAGCAAGUGUAAAUUUUUCCUAUUUGUAUUAAAUACAUUAUUUAAAACUA